GCCAACCAAAAGCUCUUCUCCAGCUUCAACUCCAACAUCCAAACCACCAGCAUAACCAACCAAUUCACCUCAACUCACCAAAUAACCAAAAAACACAACCAACCAAACCUCAAAAUCACCAACGUCUAAAGCAACCCGCAAACAAUAACAAAAUGUCAACCCCUCAACCAGACCCCCAAUCGCAAAUCCAAAAAGAACAAGAACAAGAGCAUGAACAACAACAUCAAACCCCCAAACCCCGCCUCCCAGUCCGAACCCAUCACUGCCGCUUCUGCAACCACCUCCUCCUAGCCUCAACUCGCGACAUUCCUUCCCUCCCCCGCCGCAAAGACCCUGCCAAAGACAACGCCAUCAUCCUCCCCCUGCCCGCAACGACCGCCUCUCACCACAACGAUGAAUCAGACGAUGAGACCGAGGCUGGUCCCGUAACGGGCUCGGGAGCUACAUCCACAACUAAGCUGCAAAAACAUUACACUAUUCUUCUUUCGACGACGGUUCCGGAUCGCAAGGCGACGCUUGUUAGGCGGGAGGACGGGUUCGAGAAGAGGGUUUUUCUGCGCUGUGGACGGUGUCGGGUUGUUGUUGGGUAUUUUUUGGGGAGGGUGCAUUUUCCUGAGACUGAUGAGGAGGAUAGGGAUGGGGAUGGAGAUAGGGAGAGGGGGGAGAAGGUCGUUUAUUUGCUUCCGGGGGCUUUGGUUGAGACUGAGCGGAUGGGGGAUGAGGAUGUGUUGAAGGGGGGUGAUGCUGAGUGGAGGACGUGGAGUGCUGAGGUUUAGAUUAUUUUGUUGAAGGAGGUGUGGUUGUUUGUUUGCUUGUAUGUAUGUAUAUUAUGCUAACGGAGUUUUUUCUUUGGAGGGGGGUGUUAUAUAAACGCUGUACGAAGCUGGGCUUGGUUGAUAUUACUGUUACUGGUUUUAUAUGGGAUAUCUGAAUGUUUGAUGCGAGGUACAGUAUAUCUGAACAUAUUCAACUGCAUUUC